AUGACUCGCUGGGAAAGUGCUUUCCCACGAGUGUGGCUCUCACAGGAGCGGCAGAAAAAAGCCAGGUUGCCCGAGAGCAGCGACGGCUCCAAGGACUCGGACAGCUCUGCGGGGCGCCGGGGCAGUGCCAGCCGGAAGCAUGGACGAUGGCGGGGACGGCUGGACAGCCCUGGGGCGCUGGUGUCCAAGGUGGUGAGAGCCGUCACGGCGAGACACAAACCGGGAUGGAGGCUGCCGGCUGCGCCGGACUCCUCCAGCCGGAGGAACCUGACGGAGCUGCGCAGGGAGGCCCAGCUGGCCGUUUUCCAGCAGGGCGACACGGGCAGUGUGGAGGGGGCUCCCCAGCCCACCGAGAACAGCUUCACCCCCAAGUGCGAAAUCACGGGCAAAGACGCCCUCUCAGCGCUGGCCCGGGCCAGCAGCAAGCAGUGCCAACAGGAGAUCGCCAAUGUGGUGUGUCUGCACCGGGCAGGCAGCCUCAUGCCCCAGUCUGUGCCUCGCCACUGCCAGCUCUCGGGCAAGGUCAGCCCUGUCAUCCAGUGGGACGAGACCCGGCUGCAGCAGGCGGCCCCCAGCAAGCCCGUGCGCAUCGCCUACAUGCUGGUUGUGCACGGCAGGGCCAUACGCCAGCUGAAGCGGCUCAUCAAGGCCGUGUACCACCAGGAGCACUUCUUCUACAUCCACGUCGACAAGCGCUCCAACUACCUCCAUCACGAGGCGGUGGAGCUGGCCCGGCACUACCCCAACAUCCGCGUGACGCCCUGGCGCAUGGUGACCAUCUGGGGAGGUGCCAGCCUGCUGAAGAUGUACCUGCGUAGCAUGAAGGACCUGCUGGAACUGGCCGAGUGGCCCUGGGACUUUUUCAUCAACCUGAGCGCCACCGACUACCCCACGAGGACCAAUGAGGAGCUGGUGAUGUUCCUGUCCAAAUACCGAGAUAAGAACUUCCUGAAGUCUCAUGGCCGAGACAAUGCCAGGUUUAUCAAGAAGCAGGGCCUGGACCGCCUGUUCCACGAGUGUGACUCCCACAUGUGGCGGCUGGGCGAGCGCCACAUCCCCGAGGGCAUCGUGGUGGAUGGGGGCUCCGACUGGUUCUCGCUGACGCGCAGCUUCGUGGAGUACGUGGUCUACGCCGACGACCAGCUGGUGUCCCAGCUGCGCCAGUUCUACACCUACACGCUCCUGCCGGCCGAGUCCUUCUUCCACACGGUCCUGGAGAACAGUCACGCCUGCGAGACACUGGUCGACAACAACCUCCGAGUGACCAACUGGAACCGGAAGCUGGGCUGUAAGUGCCAAUAUAAACACAUAGUCGACUGGUGCGGGUGCUCCCCAAAUGACUUCAAACCCCAGGACUUCCUCCGGCUACAGCAACUCUCCAGACCCACCUUCUUCGCCCGCAAGUUUGAGUCGACGGUGAAUCAGGAGGUGCUGGAGAUCCUGGACACGCACCUCUAUGGCAGCUACCCCCCCAACACGCCGGCCCUGAAGGCGUACUGGGAGAACGUCUACGACCGCGUCGACGGGCUCAGCGGCCUCAGCGACGUCACCCUCACCUUCUACACAGCCUUCUCCAGGCUGGGGCUCCGCAAAGCCGCGGCCGCGCCGGCAGCGAAGGCCGACAAGCUCUGCAGAUUUGAGCCCCAGGGCUUCCCAUCCAGUGUGCACUUACAUUUCUAUGACGACCGUUUCCAGGGUUACCUGGUGAUGCAGGAAGUGCAGAAUUCUGCAACUGGGCAGGCAGAGUCCCUGGAGGUGUGGAUGAUGCCCCAAGGAGCUCUGAAGUUGGCGGGCCACGGAGGGCAGGCAAACCGCUUACAAAACCUUGAGGUGGGCACGGAGUGGGACCCCAAGGAAAGGCUCUUCCGCAAUUUUGGAGGCUUGAUGGGGCCUUUCGAUGAGCCGGUGGCCAUGCAGAAGUGGUCACGGGGCCCCAACCUGACAGCCACGGUGGUGUGGAUCGACCCCACCUAUGUCAUUGCUGCCUCCUACGACAUCACGGUGGAUACUGAGGCAGAGUUCACCCAGUACAAGCCCCCCCUCAAUCGGCCCCUGCGCCCCGGUGUCUGGACCAUCCGCCUCCUCCAGUUCUGGGAGCCCCUGGGGGAGAACCAGUUCCUCGUGGUGCCCCAGACCUUCAACCGCAAGCAGCCUCUCAGGAAAGACGACAGCAACUGGCUGCACGGCGGGCCCCCCCGCAACGAGUACAUGGAGCAGAGCUUCCAGGGCCUGGGGGGGAUCCUCAACCUGCCGCGCUCCGAGGAGGCGGAGGAGGACGCGGUGCGGAAGGCGCAGCUGACGGGCAAGGCACUGGAGGACUGGGCGGACGGUGCCAUCAGCACCUUCUGGUCUGCGGCGGACGUCUGCGUCGGCAGCCCCUCCGCCUGUGCCUCCCUGGAGACCUGCAGCAAAACCUCCUGGAGCUCCCUCUCCCCGGACCCCAAAUCAGAACUGGGGCCCGUCAAACCUGACGGGCGGCUGAGGUAGCAGGAGCAGCCGGGGGGGCGGCCUUGGGAGCGAGGAGCAUCCUCCAUCAGUGGUGUGUGGGGGUCUCCGACUACAUCACCCCAUGGGAUUUGCACCAUAGUCACUCGAGGAAGAGAGAAUGGGAACCUCCGGGC